GGCCAGUCCGCCAUGGUCUGACACAGCCGCGCCUUGGAAAUUUCAUCUCUUAAAAAUGUUUGUAAAUUGAGCAUUUCUACCGCUUUUUGCCAAUAAAUUGAGGAAGCUGCAACUGCAUCACAAUGUCUGUGAAUCAAAGCCAGCAAAAGUUGGCUGAAAAGCUGACAAUUUUGGUGGAUCGUGGACAGGGAAUGUUGGCUCGUCUUUACAACAUCAAAAAAGCAUGUCAAGAUCCGAGGUCACGUCCAGCAUUUCUUUCUGAAAAAGCUCUGGAGCCAUGUCUGAAGAGCAUCGUCAAGAAGUUCCCAAACACAGAGAAAAACACACAGGGUCAACUUGCCCCGAUAGAUCAACGUAAAUCUGAAAUCUUAAAAGUGCUGAGUGUCUACUACACAACCUUCCGCGAUAUCCAUGAAUACACGGAUCAUGUGACAGAGUUACUGACUGUCCUAGCGAGCUGUCAUGUGCAUUUUGACAUUACAGCCAAUUUUGACAUGACCAAGAACUACCUGGAGCUAGUUGUGACUUAUAUCUCUAUAAUGAUGUUACUAGCGAGAGUAGAAGACAGGAAGGCAAUGCUGGGACUGUACAACCAGGCUUAUGAACUAGCCUAUGGGAAGAGUGAACCCUCAUUCGCUCGUCUUGGCACGCUCAUCUGUGACUUUGACAGCCCGGUGAAGAAACUCACACAGCAAUUUGUUCCACUUGAACGGUGCGUUGCAUCCGCGUUGUUCUCCCUCCUCCAUCUAUACCCAAGACGCAACAUGACAGCUGGAGAGAUGCGAUCUCAAGAGAUGCUAAGCCUAGUCUCCAAACCAGCUCUUCUCUUGAAUCCAGCACAGAGUGAGACUAUGCGUUGUGAGUAUCUCUCCCUGGAUACCAUGGAGCGCUGGAUUAUACUGGGUUUCUUGGUGUGUCCGACCCUCCUCCAGAGUAACGAGCGAGCACACGCCCUCUGGAAGCCGGCUCUACAAUGGGGAUUCUGCAUCACGCUAUUCCGAGAUGAGGUUCUCAUGUUCCACAAGUUCAUUGAACUGUUCUUUGAUACCAUCAAGGGCUUCCAUAAGAGGGUAUUAGAGGUCAAAGAAUGCUGUAACUUUGCUCUACUGAAUGCACCCUCUGUUCAUCGAGACAGGCGAAAGUUUUUAAGAGGAGCCUUGAAGGAACUUGUCACAAUCCUCUCAGAUCAACCAGGACUUCUUGGACCAAAGGCUUUAUACGUCUUCAUGGGGCUAGCCUUUGCUAGGGAUGAGAUUCUUUGGUUAGUGAGACACGCUGAGCAUCCUCAUCCUAAGAUGAAGUCCAAGGCUAACGUCGAGGACUUCUUGGAUUCCCUUCUCCCUGAGAUGCUCUUCUAUAUGGAGGAAUUAAGAGCCCUUGUGAAGAAGUACCAUCAAGUUCUUCAGCAGUAUUACAUCCAGUACCUGAAUGGCUACGAUGCGAUCGUUCUGAAUAAUCUGGCCAAGAAUCUUCCAUUGUGCUCUGAAGACGAGUCCAUCAUUUUAUCCUCCUUUGUUCAAACAAUGGAAACUCUCAAUCUCCAAAAAGUUGAAAGCGGAGACGUCUUUGAUUUCCGAGGUUUCCGUAUGGAUUGGUUCCGACUCCAGGCGUACACCAGCGUACGUAAAGCUACCCUCAUCCUGACUGAGAAUCAUGAGCUAGCUAGGACCAUGAAUACAAUUGUGUUUCAUACCAUCAUGGUGGAUGAUCUGGAUGAAAUACUGAAUGAGACGUCCGACUUGAGCAUCUUCUGCCAUCGCAGCCGAUUCUUCGACCGGAUGUUUGAGUUGUGUCUGAGCUACGCCUCCCAAGCUCGUUACGCUAUUGCAUUCCCUCUGAUCUGCACUCACUUCAUCAACUGUACCCAUGAACUCUGCCCUGAAGAGCGCUACCACAUUGGGGAUCGUAGCCUGACCGUCACCAACGCCUUCUUGGACAGACUAGCCAAGGAGGUCAAAGAUGUGGUCACCAAGAUCUGCACGGAGCAGUGCAUUCUGAGUGAUCAGUUGUUGCCUAAGAACGCCGCCCCGCAUCUUGCCAAGAACGAGCAGUUGAGACGGAGGAUCAAGGAGAAAGAUAAGAAGAAUAAACCCAUCCCGGAACCCAUGGUGCCUGGAACAGAGAGCUUCCGCAAGACGAGGGAGAAACUCAGCAUCUAUGACAAACUCCAUAUUAGCUUGACGGAGUUGUGUUUUGCCAUCAACUACACUCCUAAGAUCCUUGUCUGGGAACACACCUUCUCUCCUAGGGAGUAUCUCAUCCAACACCUGGAAGCAAGAUUCGCAAAAGCUCUUGUAGGCAUGAUGAUGUAUAAACCAGAAACCAAUGAGAUUGCCAAACCAUCAGAGCUUCUGACCAGCGUCCGGACCUACAUGAAUGUACUGCAGAGUAUUGAGAGCCACGUUCACCUUGACGUGACCCGCGUGUUUAAUAACGUCAUGCUGCAGCAAACUCAACAACUAGACAGUCAUGGGGAGAAAACUAUCACAAUGCUCUACACAAACUGGUAUCUGGAAGUUCUUCUUCGGAGAGUGACCUCAGGUCAGAUCUGUUUCUCUCCUUAUCAACGAGCCUUCAUCAGUCUGGCCCCUGACCCACAGCUUCCAUUCAAUGCAGAGGAAUACACUGAUGUGACAGAAUUGCGGUCUUUAGCGGAGCUGAUUGGAGCAUACGGAAUGAAAUUCCUACAUGAAAGCUUAAUGUGGCACAUUGCAAGUCAAGUCAGUGAACUCAAGAAACUUGUUCUUGAGAAUAAAGAGAUUCUGGUUCAGUUGAGAACCAACUUUGACAAACCGGCAGUCAUGACGGAACUUUGUACUCAACUGAAAUCGAUCGAGAAUCUUCUGACAAGACUGAACAUUAUUGGUGUAAUAAUUGCCUUCAAGUCACUCACCCAAGAAGCUCUAUCUGACACCUUAAAUCGACGGACACCGUUUCUCUUCAACUCCAUCACGGAUUUCCGAGAGCAUGUGAAGGCAGCGGGGCAAGACGCAGUGACUGUGGACAUGUUGGCGUCUAGUGUGGGUCUACCAUGUAAUGUGGAUCCAGCGUUAUGCCACGCUCUGCAAGCUGAGAAAGAUAUCGAUCCCCAAGAGGACUACAAUAUUUCCUGUCUCAUCAUGGUUUACAUCGCUGUGUCAUUGCGAGUUCUCGUCCGUAGCGAGUCAACCAUCUACAGCCCCGUCCUGGAUGCGCAUCCAAACAACUGUCAUUGCUUUGCUAAAGCCAUCAAUGCCAUCGCGGGGGCGCUGUUUACGUUGCACGGCCGAGGAGAUGUAGAAGAGAGGCUGCAAGAAUUCCUAGCUUUGGCGUCAUCUAGUCUGUUGUCGCUGAGCAACGAAGCAGGGAAACAGAUUCCAGCCAAAGCUAAAGAAUCUCUGUAUCUUCUGCUGGACCAGAUCGUGAAGGAUUCCCCGUUCUUAACCCAGGAUCUUCUGGAAUCAUGCUUCCCUUAUGUUCUCCUGAGAAAUGCUUACCAUGCUGUCCUUAAACGGGAUUAGAAACGUCCAGCCAAUCACAGCGAGUCUUAGGUUUAAACACACCAAUCACAACAGGUGUUACUAAUUUUAAUUGAAUAGCUAUUCUUAUUGACCAAUGAGUAAACAGUAUGGAAAUGGGAUUAGUGAAGUUAUGCAAAAAGGAAAACAAACUUUAAAUGUUGCUUGUACAAAAGAUGUUAACUUUUUGUAUCAUCCAAAAAUGACAAAUCACUAUAAGUGUUUAUUGCAGACUCACCAAUGAAAGUGGGUAUUACAUAACCUCAUUUGCAUAAAGGACUCAUUGGCCAAUUAAUUAGCCUAGUAUAUUUUAUAAUACUGCAGCAAAUGGCAAUACAGCCAAUCCCAGCAAUUGUUAUAUAAUAUCUGAAUUUUUGAUUAUCUAUGGAACAAUUAGGUUGGUCUAAAGACCAUUGAUAUCCCGCUUGUGUGAAAAUUGUCACGUUUGGGAUAUUUGGGUUGAUCAAAUCCCUGUGGCAAAGUAGUAUAAAAUACAGUUUCUUUUUGUACAAAAUAUACUUGAGUUUUUUAUUUACCUUUGCAUGUCAACAGAUAUUUUGUAACCUUUUAAAAAUUAUUCUGGAUUUUCCUUAUAGGAAACAAAAAUAGAUAUUAUACUUAAAUGAUGGUUACUUUUGUAUUAUUUGAGUUGCUACCAAGUGUUUCUUUAAAGAAAAAUCUAAGGUCAAAUUCAGUUUUGUAAUUCAGUUAUUUUAUAAUAAGCUCUUCUUCGAUUUCACAAAACUCUUCCUAACUUAAGACUAAUCUUAGGACUUAGGACGAGUCCCAACCCUGCACUGUAGC